CUCUCCAUCUCUGCGCUGCUGCCGUCUGCGCCAUCCCGCACCCAGACUCCGGAGCCAGCGGGGCCCUCCUCCCCCCCGACUCCGGCUGCAGGGACCCUGUCCCAGCGAGACCGCAGGCAUGUCAUCCGAAAAGUCAGGACUCCCAGACUCAGUCCCUCACACCUCUCCGCCACCCUACAAUGCCCCUCAGCCCCCGGCCGAACCCCCAGCCCCACCCCCACAGGCAGCCCCCUCCUCGCACCAUCACCACCACCACCACUACCACCAGUCUGGCACUGCCACCCUCCCGCGCUUAGGGGCAGGUGGCCUGGCCUCUUCCGCAGCCACCGCUCAGCGUGGUCCCUCGUCCUCCGCCACGCUGCCGCGGCCCCCCCACCACGCCCCGCCCGGCCCUGCCGCUGGGGCGCCCCCACCCGGCUGCGCUACCUUGCCCCGCAUGCCACCCGACCCUUACCUGCAGGAGACUCGCUUCGAGGGCCCGCUUCCCCCGCCGCCGCCCGCCGCCGCCGCCCCGCCCCCGCCGGCGCCGGCCCAGACUGCACAGACCCCCGGCUUCGUGGUGCCCACGCACGCGGGGGCGGUGGGCACCCUGCCGCUGGGGGGCUACGUAGCGCCGGGAUACCCCCUGCAGCUGCAGCCCUGCACUGCUUACGUGCCUGUCUACCCGGUGGGCACGCCCUAUGCAGGCGGGACUCCAGGGGGGACGGGAGUGACCUCGACUCUCCCGCCGCCGCCACAGGGCCCCGGGCUGGCCCUACUGGAGCCGAGGCGCCCGCCGCACGACUACAUGCCGAUCGCGGUGCUGACCACCAUCUGCUGCUUCUGGCCUACGGGCAUCAUCGCCAUCUUCAAGGCAGUGCAGGUGCGCACGGCCUUGGCCCGCGGAGACAUGGUGUCGGCCGAGAUAGCUUCCCGCGAGGCCCGGAACUUCUCCUUCAUCUCCCUGGCCGUGGGCAUCGCGGCCAUGGUGCUCUGUACCAUCCUCACCGUAGUCAUCAUCAUCGCCGCGCAGCACCACGAGAACUACUGGGAUCCCUAAAAACGCCCCCAGCCCGGCCCCACCCUGCGCCCCUCGACCUCCCAGGUGCGUUCUGCAGUCUUGCCGCGGACCGGGUGGGUGCCCUGCACACCCGCCUCUGGGGCCGUCGGACUUCGCCACUUCUUAAACUCCGCCUCCAGGGAACCUCUCAUCUUUCGAGCAAGCUCCGAAUUCAGUUCCUCAGGAUCCCCUCUAAAGCCCACACCCCUAGGGACGCCGCUUUUUGGGAUCUCGGCCCUGUGUUGCUCCAGGCUCCCACUCCUUCAAAGUACAGCGCCACAGGCCGAGCACCCUCGCUCUGGUCCCCAAAGACCCGCCGCCUCUAUAGGCUCCGCCCCAACCCUGACAAACCCCGCCUCCAGGUCGGCAGGCUCCGCCUUCUUUUCUUCUCCGCGGGGUGAUUCUGUCCGGUGAUUGGGCUUGUGGCUCCAGGCCUCGCCCACGGACACACACAGUCUUCUCUUUCUUCCCAGGAGGACCGAGCCCCGGGGCAGCGACGCCCCCACACGCUACUCCCCUUUUUGCAGUACAGUUUCGUCCCUCCUCCACCCAGGUCUCUGCCUAUUUUCUUGCUAAUCCCAGAACCUCUCCUUUUGUUGUUUUUGGAAGGACAUUUGGAAAGUUCCUGGUUUAGGACCCUUCUUCCCGGGAUAAGAAACUUGUCCUGUUCUCUGUAAAUACGCCCUUCCACCCAUUCCACCCCCUGGGCAGCCGGCUGAGGGGAAUCCAGGAUGCGGACCUCCCAAUCCCAGAGGAGAGCCAGCCGGCUCCCGGUUCCCCUUGGCGGUCCCGCCUUGUUCUGAUCUGUGUGUGCGUGUGUGCGAACUUCUGAACGACGAUAUUAAAGAGACUUAGU